CACCCACUACAGCACAAACCAAGUUCCUGGAAAACUGGCUUCUCAGAUGGGACGCUACCUUAAUUGUCACCUCGCACUAUGGCCACUGGCGAGUUGAUAAGGACACACGUUGAAUGACAUCUGGUGGUCAAGCCUUUGCUUGAGAAUAAAUCUCAGGAGCAGUUGGUCCAGUCGCGCCUCCUAACGGUCAUGGACCCUGAUGAGGUAAGAAGAAAACGCAUUUCUCGCUUUCAAAAUACUAUAAGUCUUGUCCCUGAUGAAGUCCGUAAUCCUCUUGUAACCAAAACUUCAAACAGCUGCCCAUCAAUAGCUUCCGUUAAUGCUAUAGACGUCAGUAAUGAAGCUCUUAUUAAAGGAUCCCCAGACAAUAAUUCCACUCUUUUGAAAGACCGGAAUUUAUAUACUAAUCAUUUAAUUUGCGACGUUUUUGAAGUUACAUUUUCUAAGGAUCUUUAUGGAAAGAAAAACAAUUACACUUUUCUUACCGAUGUUACUUCUGAAUUUACAGAAGAAGGGGAGUCUAACCUACCUUAUAUAAGUUAUGAAGACAAGGUAGAAACCAUUAUCAUGAAUCGUCUCUCUUCCAAUAAAGAUGAAAGACCUCUUUUUCAGUACUUGGUGCAAUGUUACAAUAGAGCAAGUCAGAAAAACAAGGAUUCUGCAGACUCGAAUUUAAUCGCCAAAAUUCAAACUUUUAUAGUUUCUUUUGCUGGAAUAGUUCUUGUUUAUCCGGAUAUGUUUCCUCAACCUCAAUCUGUGCUCGAACGGGCAAACUGCGUUUUUGCUGAUACCCUUCUUUUGGAAGAUGAAGGUCUGCUGUGUAUUACGGAUGCUUUUCUACAAGAUCUUAUUCGGACUUCUAUCGCUAAUGACUACGUCAAGGAGGUUUUCCAUCCUCUUCUUUACGAACUUGAGCGCUGCGUUGGCCAGUACAGUUUUCUCGAUCAUAUCUUUCCGCUUUUGACUGCACUUGUGCGCCUCUGCUAUCACAAAAACCUUCUCCCCGUCGUCGUGUCCGUGGACAGCUGGGAUCCAGAGGAGGGUAUUAAAGGCGGCCUUGAUUUUGAGAGGAAAUCUUUUUUGGCUGCAUUCAUAAGGCUUGCGCCAUUUCCCUCGGCGUGCCGUCAUAUCGCCAAGACUUGCUUCCCUGAUCCACUUAGAAAAACCAAAAUGGAAAUUGAUACAAUACACCAGAAUAUUAGAACCCGUUUACUUUCUAUGCAAGAGGUGCAGUAUAAAAUUGCCUGUUGCUUUCUCAAAGGGGAUGGCGGCCGAGAGCCUUUUCUAAACUAUAUUUCACAUGUUUUCUCUGUCAACAGCAAAAGACGCCAGAUGCGCUCCUCUUCCCUUGCACCGCCAUCGAGUGACGGGUUUUUAAUUAACUUGGCUUCUAUACUAUUGCGGCUCUGCGAGCCGUUUAUGAAUCCUAACACUGCCAAGUUUUUUGAAAAGAUGGAUAACUGGUAUAUCUUUUCGGGCUCGUGCCGAAUUAAUCUUCAGGCGGAAACGUGUUUGGUGUACUCUGAGCCAGAAAAGACAGCCUUUGUGACUUCAAGCAUGAAUGCCAAGGACUCUGCGCAUCCUGCCCACUUCAUAACAGAAUGUUUCUUUCUAACGGCGUACUGCCUUCACCUCGGGCUCCUACAAACCUGCGUUACUUAUGACGAGCACAUGGCUAAUAUUCGGGACUAUCAGGGAUUAUUGAACAGACUUCAGGAGCAGAGUGGCUCAGCGUGGGGACCACCUGAAGCGGAGGCUUUUAAGCAACACCUUCGCGGAUUACUUGAGGUGAACAUCGGUGAAAAGUAUGCAUGCGACAUCCAGCUAUUCAGCCUAUCAUUUGUGGAAAGAGUUUUAAGCUAUUAUGCACUUGUCUGCACGUGGCUUAUCGGCCUUGUAGACCCGGACAGGGCUGGGCUACCGUUAUCUGAGCCGUCUGGCCUGUACAAGGCGCUUCCGGAGUUUAUCAUCGAAGAUGUGGUGGAUUAUUUGCUUUUUGUUUGUCGUAACCAAGCGGACCUGUUGAUAUAUAAUCGUGGGCCCCUCGAAAAAAUUAUUGAACUGUUUGUGCUGCUUUUGGGCGCUAAGGAACAUUUGAAAAAUCCCCACUUGCGUUCCAAGUUAGCUGAGUGCAUGUUUAUGAUGACGACGGAAGUACAGCAUGAGGAGACUCCCUUCGUGAGCAUCGCUCAAGCUAAUCCUCUCGCUUUAAAGUUUCUGGUCCCCUCUUUGAUAAGCUCUUACGUAGAAAUUGAGAUGACUGGCAGUAGCAACCAGUUUUAUGAAAAGUUUGAAGUGCGCUUCCAUUUGUCGAUUGUUUUACGACUACUCUGGAGUAUUCCAGAACACCGACGGCAGAUGAUCAACUAUAGUAAAGGCGAGCUUUUUGUGCGCUUUGUUAAUCUACUAAUGAAUGACACCACAUUUUUGCUCGACGAGUCGCUUCUCAAACUAAGAGAUAUUAAAGAGACGCAAUCUCUCAUGGAGGAGCCUGAGGUUUGGACGAAGCUACCCGCCACUGUCAGAGAGGAAAGAGAAUCCCGCUUGACCCAGGACGAACGGCAGUGCAGGACCUUCCUUCUGUUGGCUGCCGAAACCGUCUCAAUGUUCCACUACCUCACCAAGGAGAUUGUGCUCCCUUUUCUGCGACCCGAGUUGGUGAGUCGUCUAGCAGCAAUGCUCAACUUUAACUUGAAGAAACUCGUCGGAAAAGAUUGUCAGGGCUUAAAAGUCCGCAACCCCGAAAAGCUAAACUUUUAUCCUAAGAAACUAUUAAAGGAGCUUGUGGACAUCUACUUGCAGCUGACUCAGGGCGAGCUGAGCGUGGAGCAUCCUUUUGUUCAGGCCGUGGGUCAAGAUGGGCGGUCCUACAGCGCUCAGUUAUUUCCAAUGGCCGUAAGAGUUCUCAGUAAGAUUGGGAUAGACAUGGAGAAGGUCGUAAAGUUUUCCGACCUGGGUCGCCUGGUUGAGAGCUACAGCCAGCUCAGGCAAGCAGACGAGGAGGAACUUGGAGAGGUCCCUGAGGAAUUUGUGGAUCCCCUGCUAUACACAGUAAUGAGUGAUCCCGUGAGACUUCCGACCAGCAACCUAAUCGUGGACCGCUCUACGAUUGUUACGCACCUUCUCUCAGACGGAUGUGACCCCUUUAAUAGAAAGCCUCUGACCAUCGACCAAUUGGAGUCGGGUUUACUGUUCAUUUUGGCCUGUCAUUCGCUGCGUCUAAACACCCGCAAUACCAGUGGAUGAACUUAAGAAGAAAAUCAAAGAAUGGCGAGAAAAAAGGGCGACUUAAUUAGAUUUGAUUAAAUAUUUCUCUGUA